ACUUGAAAGGCAGCGAUGGAAGCCUUUUGCCGCUCAGAGGACAUGCUGGCAAAGGCAUCCCAGGUCUGGGUGAUGCUGGAUGACAUGGCCGAGAGUUCUCCCGAGAGUUACCGCCAAUUCAUGCAGCAGCAAUUCAACAGUGCAAAGCAAUAUUAUGCUCCUCCUGAGCCAUAUCUGUGCCUGGAAGCCCAGAUCUUGGAGCCAACUGAAAACCGACUGUUCGUGAACCUCUGCAGUUGGAAUAAAGUCCCCCCUCCCCAGUCCCAAUCCGACCCAGUCCCGUUAAGUGCUGGCAAAAUGGAUAUGUUUGCAAAGUCAGAGUCUUACAGAGUCAUCGACAUUGCAUACAAUCCAUCUGUCCUCGAGCAAGAAAAGAACCCAUUAGAGAAAGACCAGCUGAUUCGCUUAUCCCUGAAGUUCAUUGAGGAGCAUUACAACAUCACUCUGUCUCCCACGUACAGUAUUGCAACAGUUAAAAUGAAAGGAAGCAUGGAAAGGAUGAGGCAGAGCUUGCGGGGAGGGCAUCCGACAGUGUCCCCGCCUACAAAGAGCACAAAGUAUGAGGGGAUACUUGACCAGCUGAGAGACAUCACAGCACCCGAGGAAGACAGCAGUCGGACUCUGCCAGCAGAGAAAACGGUUCCCUGUAAACCGUGCCUCAUUGAGGAGAUUUCUAGUAUGGAGAGGCCAGAGGAACUGAGGUCUCUGGCCUAUGAAGUCACCACCAGGAAGGAUGCCAGCGGAAAAGCCCUGAAGCUUGAAGUGAAAGUUGAAGUGCCAGAGGUGUGCUGCAUCUCCGAGUGUAACCUGAGCGUUUCUAAGGAUGACCUGUUGAUCGAAUGCCCUCGAAAAUACCAACUGCACUUGAGUCUGCCGGAGUCUGUGGAGGAGGAAGCCGUAUCGGCAAGGUUUUUCAAGAAGAAAGGGGUCCUGCUGAUCACCAUGCCGGUUUGCCAAGAGAAGCAAGAGCCGAGUGUUGAGUGA